AUGUCACUUAAAACUGUUGUCUACUGCGGCGUAUGCACCUACCCACUGGACUACUGCGAGUUUUCCGGAAAAUUGAAGCGUUGCAAAGUUUGGGUGCAAGAAAACCAUCCUAGUCUUUUUUCCAAAUAUUACGGCGAUGCAGAGGUCGAAGAGACGACAAGUAAGCUAGCAGCCAGCUCUAUUGGCGACGAACGUGAAGAAAAGCUAGAAAAGGAUCUCAAAAGAUUGCAAUCCAAGCAAGAGAAUCGCGAACAACGUGAAUUGGCGAAAAAGCUUUCGUCCAAAGUGAUCAUCAAAAGAGAAGCACGUACCAAGAGGAAAAGUAUGGUGGCCAUAAGUGGUCUUGAGGUAUUUGAAAUCGAUAUGAAGAAGCUAGCCAAGACAUUUGCAUCGAAAUUCGCUACGGGCUGCUCGGUUUCGAAGAACGCCGAGAAAAAAGAAGAAAUUGUCAUCCAAGGUGAUUUGGCAGACGAAGUUGAGGCCUACAUUCACAAGUUGCUGGAGGAAAAGGGAAUGAAAGACGUUAAAGUCGAAAAGAUAGAUACGAAAAAGAAGAAGAAGCCCACGACAAAUGCUGAUGGUACUCCAGCAGAGGAGUGA